GUCACUCAUUUUGCUUGUCUGUCUCGACCUGUGGUUUCGACCACAAACCAAAGUAACCAAACCAAUAGCCCAAUCUUCUACAAUGGCAGAUGCAAAGCAAGAAAUGAACAAUGGAACAUCUCAGUCACGAUCUGUGUUGGCAAAACCUCGUCUUGGUGCUUUCGGUUCCUCUGGGUUUGGAGCUAGUACUUUUGGGUCCAUAUUACGUCCAUCCCAGCUGAAACCAGGCAGCAAUCCAUUCCUUAAAGUCGCUGACACAGAAGAGGCUGAAAAGAAAGAGAAAGCUGACAAUGAAACUGAAAAACCUAAAGGAGAAGAAAGGCUUACUGAAACCAAGGAGGAUGCUCCAAAAUUUGUGCCUCUUGGUGCCACAAGCAGUGCUUCGAGAACCUCCACACAAGUCCCAGCGCCCACACAGCCUGCUUCUGGGACAUCAGGGUUUGUCUUUGGACAGAAUUUAAGUGAGCGAGUGGUUAUUCAAGACAGUGUUAAUAAUGGAGAUGCCGGGCCGUCAGAGCACAGUAUGAAGAAUGGUACGUCUGAGCUGUUGUUCACAAGCGCAGCUGCAUCUGUUAAGGAAAAUAGUCAGGAGUCGGCAGGGAGCAGCUCCGCGGGCAGUGCGAGCGACAGCGGCGCGGGGCUGGCGGCGGCCGCGGCGGAGUACGAGCGCGCGCAGGCGCGGCCGCCGCCGCCCGCCGUCACCACCACCACGGGCGAGGAGGACGAGAUCAACGUGCUGCAGGUAUCGUGCCGCUUGUUCGCUUGGGAGGCGGGCAGCUGGCGCGAGCGCGGCCGCGGCGUGCUGCGGCUCAACGACGCCGCCGCCGGCGCGGACGCCUCGCGGCUCGUGGCCAGGGUGGCCGGAUCGCUGCGCGUGGUGCUGAACACGAAGAUCUGGCCGGACAUGGUGGCGGAGCGCGCGGGCAGCAAGUCGCUGCGCAUCACCGCCACCGACGCACAGCACCAGGUCAAACUCUUCCUCGUCAUGGGUAACCCUGGUGACAUCGUCCAUCUUCACCGCGCUGUGCUGGCGCGCAUCUCACUCAGCAAGCGCGCGGGCGACGCGGCCUGCCGCCUCCGCGACGCGCACGAGACUGGCGAGGCCGGCGAGUGUCCCGCGCACGCGCACCGGCUCCACGCCCCGCCCCUCGCCGACGACGAGCAGGACACGCAUACUGAAGACAAGGAUGGCGACUCAGAGAGCAAAGACGGCGAAAUGGAAAACAAGGAUGGUAAUGCGGAAGACAAGGAUAGCAAUCCGCUCAAGAGAAAAGAACCGGUCGGCGACGAAACCUCCCCUAAGAGACAGUGCCCCGAAAUUCUAAUAGAGUGAUCCGGCCCGCGGUACGCGCGGUGCCAAGUGAGAGACACAGCCUUGCAGCUCUGAGUUCGUAGAAUUGUGGGGUCUACCCUCGUUUGACUUACAGAUUCUUUGAUCUAAUGUGACGUUUCGUCGAAUCUUGUCCCAAUAUAUUUUUUCCUUACAAAUGAUAGAACAAACUUAACCUAAUAUAUGAAUUUAUUUAAAUGAGAAUAUAUUCUGUUAUGGAAAGAGAUUCGACGAAACAUUAAAUGCGGUAAACAAUUUUUGGCCAUUCGAGAGAUAUCCAAAUUGUUAAUAUGCAUAGGGUUAUUUAAUGUUUAAAUUGAUGCGCUUGUUGAAUUAGUUGUUUUAAAAAGUUGGGCCAACCAACCGUAUCAGUAAAAAUAGCUGAAAGAAUCUUACUAUACGGCUAUACGCUGUUGUUACGUCAUAGAAAUAUAGUAUGCUUUCAACUACAUAUUUACCUAAUGGAUCGUACGGCUGGCCACACUAAGUAAAUAGUCAUAUCGGCAGGGAGCUUGGGAAAGGCAUUAUACUUUGUGUAGUACAAAAGCGUGAAGUGCGAGCGCGGAUUCGUCUCACAUUCCUGAAGAGAGCAAAUUACAGAUGUUCGGCCGGAGCUGGAUGCCAAAUAUGUGUAAUAAUUGUUUUAUUUCUGAUCGAUCAUA